UGUAGAACAUUGCAUGCAGCAUAGGGAGAAGUCACUCAGUGGUAGUAGUGUCAAUGGGAAAAAAAAACACGAGGGACAUAUUAGUAGCAGAGAUCAUGUUACUCACAUCAACACACAAAUCAAGCAGUCAAAGUUAUCGAAAUCAAAAAAUGACGAAUCGGAGCAGAUUUCAGGGUAUGAAUGUCCACUUCCCAUGGCAGUUAAAGAACCCACCAAGAUCAUAUCGAAAACGUGUGAAGUGUGUGGUAAAGUUUUCGCUCGAGCGGCCAACGUCCUUCAACAUAUGAAAUUGCACAGGGGAGAGAGACCCUUUCCCUGUUCACUUUGUGGGAAGACAUUCCAUCGAUCAGAUCACCUUAAAGCCCAUGUGAGGAUACAUUCCAAGAAAAGACAUUUUCAAUGUGAACAUUGUGAUGAAACGUUUAAACGUAAAGACCACCUUAAAUACCAUCAGAUCAACUUUCAUGGGGUGAAAAUUUCUCUUAAUGAACUUCGAAGAUAUUCCAGGCAUGCAUUCAGUCAGCCUCAAAAGAAGACAAUUCUGUGUGAUGUGUGUGGGAUUUCAUUCGGCAAUGAGAGGAAUUUAAAAAACCACCUGAGGAUACAUUCCAACCAGGGCAAGUACUCUUGCCAGUUCUGUGCCAAGUCUUUCAAUCAGAGUUCAAAUCUUAACAUACACCUACGUAAACACACAGGCCAAACGCCGUAUAAAUGCUUAAACUGUGAUAAAUCUUUCACCACUUCUGCCAAACUAAAAACCCAUGCCAGGAAACAUACGGGUGAUCUCCCCUUCACCUGCAGCUUAUGCGGUCGCCUAUUCGGCCAAGAGCAUUUGUUGAAAAUGCACAUGAGAAUUCAUAAUGACCAUAAACAGUUCAAAUGCAGCCACUGCGAUAAAAUGUUCAUGCACAGCAGCACCUUGCGAGCCCAUGUCAGGACACACACAAAAGAGAAGCCUUAUCGGUGUGAUGAGUGUGGGGACAGCUUUGCCCAGAUUUCUAGUCUCACCUACCACAGGAGAACCCACAGUGGGGAAAAACCUUACUCCUGUGAUAUUUGUGGGAAAUCAUACACUCGGAGUGCUACUUUGAAUGUUCACCUGACCAGGCACACAGGACAGAAGCGCAUCUCUUGUCCUCGGUGUGAGUUUAAAUGUGACACCCCUAAGAACCUGAGGAAACACAUCGACAAGCUCCACGGUGAGUUGAAGGAUUCUGGAGAUAUGCUGUUGAAACAGGCGCGAACGAGGGUUGUGGGGGCGUUGUAUGCCGAGUCUGUGAUCAAUUCUAACAAUGUUACCCAUCAGAGUUUAACCAAUAGUUCAGAGGCUGAUUGUGAAUCUGUUUAUGGCAGCAGCUGUCCAACAACACAAGCUCAGGAAAUAACCACCCAAGAUUUUAGUUCUUCAGGACAUUUAGAUGCAGGUGCCAUGGUGUAUUCCAGCAGCUCAACAUUGGCAACCGACAGAAUACGAGAUUCUCAAAUCUUGAACUCCAUACCACAUUCCAACCAAACUUCAGUGGAGACGUCCACCAGUGUCAGUAAUUGUAACUCCUCCAACAUUGGGCAGGCCCAGUUUUAUAGCUGUUACAUCAACUACUCCAUGCUGUCCCCGCUUCAGUUUGACCUGAAUCAGAUGCAGCCCGCGCCUCUGGGAACAUUUUUCCCUGUGCACACCCCUGAUCCCACUCUGCUGCCCGACAGUACAGUCAUUUACAUUAGACCCAAUUCACUACAAAAUGACCACAUCAAUUUUUCUUUGUACCCAUCUUUGGUUACAGAAAAUAUUUCUGUUCCCACGCAGAUUUCGUUCAAUGGUGCACAGAUAUCAUCUCCAGGUCAGUUGAGCACAAGCGUUCCUGCCUCUGUGCAAACCCCAUUCUAUCAUCAGUCAUGCCACAAUCAGGCCAACCCUGGUAAUGGCGCCCCACAUUCACAAACUCAGUUUGAAGUGGCAAGUGACUCUGUACAUCCACAGGGGUCCUCAAACACCCUUGAUCCGCUGGUGGUCCCAGCUUUUCUGCGCAGUGACCAAAUUAUUUGCCAGGACCAUAUGCACAGCACGGGUGAUGAUUUACGGAUGAAAGAUGAGUCUAAGGAUGGGCAGGAAAAUUUAAUAAGCAAUAAAUUGAAAACAGUUAGAGAUGAUGUUGACAAUGAAGGUGAACCUGUUGAGAAAGAAGAUCAAGAUUUGUGCCAAAAAUUUGAAAGUAGGGACAAGGAAUCAAAAGAUUCAGAAGUAAAACUCUCUCAUUUAAAAAAAUUAGUAUUACCACCAUUGAUUGCACCCCCCCUGCCAACAAGCUCCAAGAAGUCGGUUGUAAGGCUGGUAAAAUGCAGCAAGGCUAAGAAAUCAAAAACCAAAAAAUAUAAUAAAAAAUCUGGUCACGUUGAUAAAAUUUCAAAGAGAACAAAAGAUGACUCGCAAAGCAAAGAACAAGCCGAGUGUAAAAUUUGCGGACAGAAAUUUUCUCGCGCCGGGAACCUGACCACGCACAUGAGACUUCAUAGUGGUGAGCGCCCAUACGCUUGCAAUGUUUGCAGCAAGACGUUUUCCCGUUCUGACCACCUGAAGACCCACAAACUUCUUCAUGGGGGAGACAAAACUUUGCUGUGCAACCACUGUGGAGAAACAUUCCCCACUGUGGAGCAGCUGCGUGGCCACAUUGAGGACAUGCAUGAAAACAUGAACCCUUUUGCCUGCAAUGCAUGUACCUUCUCCUGCAUUCACCUUGGGGAGCUGAAAGAUCACAUCAAGAGCCAUGAGGGAAAGCUCUCAUUUGGCUGUCAGGUGUGUUGCAUUAAGUUUUUGAAAGCCAAAGAUUUGAAAAAGCAUAUGUUUUCCCAUAGCGGUCACAGUCCGUUCACGUGUCACAUGUGCCAUAAAAAAUUCAAGGAGAGUUCUUGUCUUAAACUGCACAUCAGGACAAAGCACACGGGAGAAAAGCAUUUCAAGUGUGGUGUGUGCGGGGAUGCUUUUGUCACAGCUGCCAAGCUUCAGAGGCACAUUCGUCACCACAGUGGCAUCCGUCCAUACGCUUGUGAAUUUUGUGGGAAGAUGUUUAUCGAUACAUGCUUGUUGAAGAUGCAUGUUCGAAUCCAUACCAAGGAGAAGCCAUUUAAAUGCAAGCACUGCGAGCAGUGUUUUACUCACCCAAGCACAUUACGAGCACACGUUCGCAUUCAUACGGGCAACAAGCCAUACUCUUGUAACCUUUGUGAUGCUUCAUUCUCUCAGGUAUCCAGCCUGUCUUACCACCAGAGGAAACACGACAGACUCAAGCCCUACACUUGCCACGUAUGUGGAAAUUCAUACACACGCUCAACCACACUAAACAUUCACUUGACCCGCCAUACUGGUUUGAAACGUGUGUCUUGCCCGCACUGCCCGUUUAAAUGUGACACUCCUAAACAUUUGAGAAAACAUGUUGCGAAACUACACACAGGAAAUGAGUCUGCAAAAAUUGUUACCUUAGAAUCUAAGCAUGAUAUUCCCCUACGAGAAACCCAAAAGCAGCACAACUUUGAAGCCGUGGAGAUACCUCUCAAAGAAACCCAGCUGGUUCAUCCUCAACCCUUUGAAGAACUGCCCGUUAAAGAGCACCAGAUUGUUUUAAAUCAAGUUCCGCCAUCUUUGAGCAUGUCAGAGUGUCUGCCACCCAUACCAGUUCCACAAUCUUUGAGCGUGCCAGAGCUUCUGCCCCAUUUACCAUUCCAGCAGUAUGAGAACAGGGACCAGAUGGUUGAGGGUUGUGCCCUCACUAACCAAAUGGUGGACAGCAAUCAACAAGUUUUGAGGUCCCUCAUUUUAUCUGGUUCAAAUGAUUUUGUGACCAGAAAUGUUAUGUUAACCUCCAGUACACUGAAUCAGUUAUAGUUUUUGAACUUUGUAAAGCUGAAUGAGAUGUUCACUAAGCAAAGGCUGACUGCAGAUUCUCAUUACAUUUCUUGGCGAUGAUAAAAUUAUUUAAGAUAGUCUCUGAUGUUGAAUUUAAAGGUUUGCCAACUUUAAGUUUUUUUUACAUAACCAGCUGUAUUUAAUCAGGAACAGAAAAUAAAUUCAUCAUGACUUCAUAACCUGAAAGGAGUCAUUUUUUUGUUUUCAAAGAAAUAAUUUUUUAGAUAUAACUUUGUGGUCAAUUAGCAAAUGUAAUGCAGCCUUCGAAGUGGCCGCCCCUCCUUCCCAUUAUAUACCAUGACUUUCUACUUGAAAAUGAGCUACCCAGCAAACCAUGGUAGCUAAUGACCCAGCAAACCAGGGUAGCUAAUGACCCAGCAAACCAGGGUAGCUAAUGACCCAGCAAACCAGGGUAGCUAAUGA